AUGGCACGAAUCGGGAAACAUCUUGAUUCGGCUGAACGAGGAAACUCAAAUGAUAAAAGAUUUCGUUGCCUUUGCUAUCCGAAGAAGAAGCAGCAACAGCAGCAGCAAUUGUUAGACCAGAAAGCUGUUUUAACAAGUUUGAGAAUGCAGAAACUUGAGAUUCUGUUUAAUAAGUUGGAAAUAUGCAAAAUAGUUUCACCUUCUGAUCAACUCUCCAUUUAUGGAUAUUUAUGCAUACAUAAGAGAUUCAAAGUCAAUGGGAGCUCAUCUGACAUCACUGCAGGUUAUCAACACAUCAAAUUAAAUCAACAUCGGUUCAAAAGAUUUUGUCGGAAAAUCAUAAGUAAAGCCGAUGAAAAGCAAAAACUUUACUUAGAAAAAUCUUCUUCCUUUUGA